AUGAGUCUGAUUUCUGUGGUUUCCUGGAGUCUAGACUCAGGCUAUAAAACCUUGCUGGGAGCAAGAAGAGACCCCAGCUGCAGCCUCACCUCCAAGGGAUCUACUGAAGCAGAGAACGCUAUGAUGAAGCACCUGCAGAAACUCCUGCUCUCCCUCCUGCUGGUGACAUGCCUCCCAGCCAACGCCAUCCCAUUCACUGCAGAUUAUUCCUGGAAUCGGAGGGAGGGAGGAGGUGGAGCAGCCCACUCCACACCCUACAUGGCCUAUCUGCAAGGAAAGAACAACCAAUUCUGCGGCGGCUUCCUAGUGGCCCCAAACUGGGUGAUGACAGCAGCUCAGUGCUUCAUACACAAACCUCUGACUGUCAUCCUUGGAGCCCACACAAUCCAGAGGAGAGAGGAAAGCUGGCAAAUAUUCGAAGUCCAAGAGUAUCACUGCCACCCAGACUACACGAGUCCUAAGAAGGGAAACGACAUCCUCUUGCUGAAGCUGAAAGGCAAUGCCACCAGCAACAGCUAUGUUAGGACCAUUGCCUUUGAAAAAUCAAAAGUCCCUGGUGGGACCACAUGCAGCAUAGCCAGCUGGGGCUACAAAACACCCACUGCCACACUAUGCAAAGCCACUGUCACCAUCAUGGGACGAAGGGACUGCCUCAGCCACUACCCAGGACUUGCAGACAACUUGAUUUGUGGCAACAGUGCAUCUGCUUGGGUACCUGAAAAGGGUGAUGCUGGGGACCCACUCGUCUGCAACAACAAAGCGUACGGCAUCUUCUCCUACAGGCAUAACAAAUGGCCCGGCUUCUACACACACAUUGCUCCUUACCUUCCCUGGGUCAACAGUGUCAUGAAGUCAGCAUGA